AUGCCGUGGCAGCCCCUUCCUCGGAUCGCCUUUGCCGUUGCGACCUAUCCAUUCUCUGCAGAAAGACCGGCCGACCUACCCCUCGAAAUCGGAGAUGAGCUCUACAUCAUCGAGGAGACGCCAGACGGGCACUGGCUGCGCGGGUACUUGGUUGCGCCGCCCAGUCUUCUCGCCGGGUUAACGUCUGUCAAGGGGCAGACGUUGGAAGCUCGCGUGUUUAGCGGAAUCUUUCCCCGAAGCUGCGUCGAGGUGCGAGAAAUGCUGGGCGAGACCGAAAGCAGGGACGAACAUGACGACGACAAGGAAAAUCUCACUCACGAAAGUAUCCCAGGCGAGGAUUUGCCGCCCGCCAGCGACUCUGCCAAGAGCGGCGUCGAGGCCUGGAACGGAAAGCUCAAAUUAGCCGCCCUGGCUGCUAGCAAAACCAAGGGGCGCAGACCGCUGUCGGAGCUACCAAAUGGAACCUCGGCCAACUUGUCUGUUCCAGUCAAACGAAAUCCGAGCGAGCCAAAACCGGCGGCGCCAGUUCCCAUGCUGAAGAUCGGAGACGAAACCCCAACAUCCGCGUCGGAACCCUUGAUUGACGAGAUCGCAUCCUGUCUACGAGAGUGGCACUCUAAAAACCUCCACGAGCUCUUGCUGUCUAGGAAGUAUGCGGACCUGGACAAGCUCUCGAAUCUCAUCACGAGCCUCAAUCUCAGCCGACAGCAAUUUCUCUACAAUCUUCUGACGUCUCACGAAUACGAAACUCUCAGGGAGAAGACGGUGUGGGAUCUGGUGACGGUGAACAAGAUGUGCGGUGGGGAAGUCAUAGUCCGAGACCCGGCGGAUCGAGGCCGAAUAUUGACCGGAGAUGAUUCUGUCGUGCAAGUUACUCGACUUCAGUCCAUUAUGAGCCUCCUGGACGAACCACCGCAGCCAGCCGUCGAGCAAACCAGCCUCCACCACCUGCUCCUCGAUGUCAAGGGGUUUGCUGGGUCGUCUUCCGAGGCCACUGCGCUGGUACUUUUCCUGGCCACGAAACCUCAACAUGAGAAGCUGUCAAUGUUAUCAGAGCCGUUCAUAGUUGACAUACCGGCUGGUGGCUCGAUAGGUGGCUUCGCGCAAGGCACUUCUUCCCGGACACUUUUUGUCGAUCUCUCGGCCCAGGAUGUGGGAGACUCGCCAUCAACCAAGUCUGAUCUUUACCUGGUUGUGAAAGUCCUGGCUUCCCAGCGAGUACUGUCCGCCACGCCAAUCUCCAGGUCUGGAACCAGUCCGGAAAGCUCUCAUUUGCGGGAGACGUCGAAGACUCCAGCCUCUGCAGGGCCCAAAGCCACACGGCGAAGUCUGAUGUGGACGAGUAAGGCUGGACGCUCGACGUUGUCGCGAGGCUCCCGUCUUCCCAAAAUGGACCCGGUGUCUGAGCAGCAAGGCGAGCGCUCGGUCGUUACCGCGGCAAGCUACGGGACCCCAAGCACGGCCAGCUCCAAAGCGGGGGAAGCCAUGCCAGAUGCUUCUCAAACUGUGCAACGCACUAUUGGAAUUGGCGUGCUGAAGUUGAAUCCCAUCAUGAAGCAGAGCGAGGAGGUCGAGCAAGUCCUCAACAUAUGGUCACCCGCGAGCAGUCCAGCCUCUACGGAAGCAGACGCCGCCGAAGACCUGGAUCCCCUAAUUCGAGAGCUCAUGGGCAGUCCCAGCAGUCGCUACGAGAGGUCGCGUCGAGGCGAACGACUUCAAGUCUCUCUGCAAGCCUUCAAUCACUCAGACGCAGAUGCCUUGAUCAAUUCCACGCCGACGAUGCUGUCUGGUGUUUGCAAGACGAGCAAGAUGGGCUUCUCGGGCGCUCCCACGAAGCCACGGUCCGAUAUUUACCUCACCUUGGACACGGCCGCACUGGCGCGCCAAAACUUGCUGGCUCGUUUCGGGGGCAGCGCUACCAGCAUGCCGUCAGGACUCCAGGCACUGAGCCUCCAAAUCAGCCUCGAGGUUCGCAAUCCUUCUGGCCAAAGGCUCGAAAACUGCAUUUUCGCUGGCUCAAACAGGGAACCGAUGACGACAUUCAAGUCUACAGCCACCGAGCGGGGAGAAUCAUGGAAUCAGACGGUGCGGCUCUCUCUUUCUCCUGGUGACGUACCUACAGCCCAUGUGGUCAUGUUCCUUUGUGAUGUGCCUGGCCCUCCAUUCGCUGUCGCCCACAUGCCCCUAUGGGACAGACAAGCCUUCAUCAGAGAUGGUCAGCAUGGUUUACAACUCUACAGGAUAGAUGAGAACACUUUUACGGCCCUACCAGGUCCUUCUGGCAAGGGUGGAUAUCUAUCUGUUCCCUGGGCCCAUCGGGGUAGAAACGAGCAGUCUGAGAACGUCACUGGCCCGCUGGCAGCAUUGUUUGUGGACACUUUUCUCUGCAGCACGCGGUUUUCACAGGACAGAGUCAUCUUGGGCUUGGUGAACUGGAAGGACAUACCAGAGGACGAGGUCUCGAGUGCGUUGAAGCAGCUCAUGUUUGUCCCUGAAAUUGAGGUUGUCAAACUGCUGAGCGACGUUCUUGACGGCCUGUUUGGUAUUCUAGUUCAACACUCGGGGAACACCGAGUUUGAGGACUUGAUAUUCACCGCCUUGGUUCGAGUUUUGGGCAUCGUGCAUGAUCGUCGGUUCAACCUGGGCCCCUUGGUGGAUCAGUACGCAGAGACCCAAUUCAACUAUCCGUUUGCCACGUCGGGCCUGGUCAAGUCAUUUACCCGUCUGCUAGAGAAGCCUACGGAACCCGAGGCAUCGCGGAACCUUCGCGCCACCUUCAAAGUCGUCGGUCACAUCCUGAAGCUUAUCGCGCACGCUCGGAAGCAGCAGAAGGCCAAGGAAGCUGGGAUCGGCAUCACGUCGUCGCCGCAAGGAUUCACUCGGCAGCUCCGCUGCAUUUUCAAAGCCCUCGAUGCUAUGAUGCGAAGCACGGCACCCGUGCUCGUCGGCAGCCAGACCCUGGCUGUGCAGCACUUCCACACUUGGCUGCCCGAGCUUGCAGGCUUGCUGGACAAGGAGGAAAUCCUGCACAUUGCCAUUGACUUUAUGGAUUCCUGCGCCAAGGUCAAGGGCAAGCUGAUCUUGUACAAGCUGAUCCUCAUCAUCAACUACUCCAAGCUGGAGCUCUUUGCACACCCUGACCAAAGGUCUGCACUCUGCGCAAACACCGUCCGGUGGAUUUCCCCGUACUGGGGUCAUAAUGACAACGUCGUCGAUCAAUGGCGCGAGCAGGUGCGUCUCUGCUGCUCCGUAAUCGCCAGCCAGGCUGAGCAUCUGGGUCCAGAGAUUCCGGAUCACAUUCCUAGAAUCGUUGACUCGUAUCUGUCGCUGCUGAGAUCGCCGCCCCCGCCACGGAAUCGGCUGUCUCUUCUCUUCCCGGCCUCGUACCCGUUCCCUUUCAAGCCAGUCUCGAGUGAAAUCGCCUUCGACGAGGGCUUGGUCGAGCUUUCCGCGGUCCUGUCGGCAGUCUCAGGCUCCGCUUUGGGGAUGCAGCUUGAACUGACCGGUGAAGAUGAGCUUGCGACCAUCUUGGAGAACCUGUUGCGAGUUCACAUGAGCAUCCUGUCAGGUGAAGCUUUCCCUGCCGGAUGGCUCAGCGUGCACAUAUACCAUCACCAGUCCACCAUGCGAACUCUUCAAUAUGUUGCCAACUUGAUGCUGGAUAAUUUGCUGCCCGACCCGGAUCAGGCUGAAAGUUUCAACAUGGAGCUGUGGAAGCUGUUCUUCACAACCCUCUUAAAGUUGGUCGGCAGCACGUCUCUUGCUCUAGAAACAUUCCCCGAGCAAAAGAGAAGGGCGGUCUGGAAGAUUGCGGGCGAUGUGAGGGAGCAUGGCGCCGAACUUUUGCGGACCUCGUGGGAAGCCAUCGGCUGGGAGACGACGGCGGAAGAGCGCAGCCGUUUCGGGCUGCGGAAGAUUGGGGGUUACCAGGUGCAGUACGUGCCCGCGCUGGUGCGUCCGAUUGUCGAGCUGUGCCUGAGUGUGCACGAAGGCCUGAGGACAAUGGCCGUGGAGGUCCUGCAGACCAUGAUUGUCAGCGAGUGGACGCUAAGCGAAGACCUGACGGUCAUACAGACGGAAAUGAUUGACAGCCUCGACCAGUUCUUCAAGUCGAAGCCACUGACGGAGAGCAUACUGCAAAAGCUGUUCAUUGGCGAGCUGCUCGAGCGGUUCGAGCCGUUGUCGCAAACUUUGGACGAGCCGCUCCAUGCCGCCGUCCAGGAGCUCGUGGGCACCCUGAACGAGCUGCUGGACCUGCUGGUUGCCGUUCACGGAGCCGAGGGCAACGGCGAGGCGACCAACAUAAUCAACUGCCUGAGGUUGAUGGAAUUUCUGCGGGACAUGCAGAAGGAGGAAAUAUUUGUCCGCUACGUCCAUCAACUCGCCACCCUCCAGGCGGGAUCGAGAAACCAUGCCGAAGCCGGCCUUGCUCUGCGGCUGCACGCGGACCUGUACGACUGGGACCCGACCAGGCAAGUCGAAAGCUUGGCAGAGCCGGUUUUUCCGAGCCAGACGCAGUUUGAGCGCAAGGAGAGGAUUUACUUUGACAUGAUCAAACACUUUGAGGACGGCGAGUCCUGGAGCAAUGCUCUGACGGCGUACAAGGAACUGCGGGUGCAAUACGAGACGAACGUGUUUGACUUUGCCAAGCUGGCCAGGACGGAGCGUGCGAUUGCCACCGUCUACGAGACCAUCUCCAAGAGCGAAAAGGUAGUUGGGCGAUACUUCAAGGUCGUGUACAAGGGGCUGGGGUUUCCGGCUGCUGUUCGAGACAAGGAGUUCAUCUACGAGGGCGGCCCGCACGAGCGCGCCGCGGCUUUUACGGAUCGGAUGCAGGAACAGUACCCGGCUGCCCAGAUUGUGACGUCGGACGGAAUCGACCAGGUCGAGGGACAGUUUCUGGUCGUGUCGUCGGUGUACCCGCAUCGAGACUUGACGCACCAGGUGUUCCAACGGGCCAGGGUGCCACAGGUCGUUCGAGAGUACCUGGUUUCCUCCCAUCCGCAGGCGUUUUCGUUCACGACAAAGCGCAGCACGUCCGGGCCGGCGGAGGGGCACUAUGCGGAAAAGAUGAUCUUCUUCACGGCGGAGCCGUUUCCCACGAUCCUGCGCCGGAGCGAGAUUGUCGAGACGCGACAGGUCCGGCUGGGCGCUCGCCAGACGGCCCUGGAGCGCAUCGUGCGCAAGACGCAGGAAAUGACGGCCCUGGAGCGUCGGCUUGCCAGCGGCGACGACGAGGCAGCAGCCCUGCUCCUGAGCGCGGUUUCCGUCUCUGUGAACCCGUCUGAGCAGAGCGUCAUGUGCUACCGCAGGCUGCUGCCCGAUGCCGAAGAGGGAGACGCCGACGAGGAGGCGGAGGCGGAGGCGGAGGCGGAGGCGGAGGAGGAGGCGGAGCUUGAGCCGCAAGACAUGGCCAUCAAGACGGCGCUUGUGGACCACGCCAUGACGAUCAAGAGGGCCCUGGCCCUCUUUUCCCGCAGCACCAAUGCCAUGCUAGCGGAAAAGCAGGAGCAGCUGCACCGAUACUUCGAAGUGACAUGCGCGGCCGAAAUAGCAAUGCUCGCGCCGCACCCGCCAGCCCCCCGCGAGGCCGCGUCCACCCCCUCGACGACCUUCCACCCUUCGCUUCCGCCGCCCCACGACGCAAGCCCGCCCCAGCGGCCAAGCAUGAGCCGGUUCUCGUUGAACGGCAGCGCCGGCCGGCCGGACGAGGCGGCCACGGUCCGCCAAGUGUCGCUGAAGCAGCAGAGCCCUCGGCUCAGCCUCCUGCCCGGCCGGCGGCCCUCCGAGGCGGAGCAGGCAGCCGACGCGGAGAGGGUGCACGCCAGCCCCGAGUCCAAGACUUCGCGCAGCAGGAGCUUCAGCUACGGCCGGAGCGGCGGCCACCAGAAGACCGGGUCUCGCGCGCCGCCCACCGCCGUGGACGUAGGGCCGGCGGAGAGGGCGGCGGCGGCGGCGCAUGCCAACGGGUCAGGCAGACGGGGCAGCUCCGCCAGCAAGGGGAGCCUGGACAGGGGCGCCAGCAUCGACGAGGGGGCGUCGGGCGCGACGGGCGGCGCGGCGGGCAAGCGGCUGGGCGUGAAGAAGCGGUUCAGCCUGCUCAAGAUGGGGAUAACGGGCAAGCGCGGCGGGGUGAUGGGCAGCGUGGACGAGGAAUGA